AUGGCUUGCUUAUCCUGCCACUCCAUAACCAAAACACUUGUAGUAUUUGCUUCUCUUCCCAGAAAUACAAACUCUCCAUCCCCGCAAUCCAACACUGAUCCUAAGCCUCCUUCACUUCCGGUUCCCACGACAACAACAAGUACCAGAACCAAAAGCACCACUACUCUACCACUACCAAGAAAGAAAAGAGUCCAAGACAGGCUACAACAACAGCUCAAUCUUAUGACUAUUGAACGUGUCGUUGGUGCUGGCAGUUAUCGUGACUAUGAGAAGCCCAUUGACCAAGAGAAGAAGGAGAAGAAAAAGAAGAAGAAGAUGUCUGGAUUUAUGGAGGAGGGACCAGUGGAGAAGAAGCUCCGAGAGACUGGAGAGUGGGUUACCACCAAAACUGAAGGAGAAUUUCGUUCCAAUGGUAAAAGGAUUUUAAUGUUCUCUUUUAAGUGGGCUAUACCACUUUAUAUUUUUAUGGUCUUUGUGGCUUCUGGAGUUAUAAAGCUACCUUUCAGCUCACAAUUUCUUGAUGAUCUGCUCAUGUAA